AUGAAAAAUUUUAAUAUAUUUUUUAUAAUUUUUAUACUAUGUUUUUCUAUUAAAAUUUAUGGUUUAUUAAUUGGAGGAUGGAGUGAUAUGGAUACAAGUUCAGCAAAAGUUAAAGAACUUGCUAAAAAGGUUCUUGAUAAAUAUAACACCGAACAAAAAGAAAACAAUACAUUGAAUAAAAUCAUAAAAGCUAAACAACAGGUUGUAGCAGGAAUGAAAUAUAAUAUAACAAUUUUAAUAUCACCAUCAAGUAAAUCAGCUUCUAAUUGCUUGAAUUAUCUUGAAGCAACCAUAUUUGAACAACCUUGGACCAAGACUGAAAAUAUAACUAUCUAUAAAAAACCAACAGAAAAUAAACCAACAAGUAAAAAACCAACAAGUAAAAAGACAACAACUAAAAAACCAAAAAGUAAAAAACCAAAAAGUAAAAAAACAACAAGUAAAAAAACAAAUAGUAAAAAAUCAACAAAUAAAAAAUCUUAA